UUUGAUAAAUCAAUCUCACAGGACAGUGUUGUAGGGAUGAGUUAGUAUAAAUCACAUUUCGAGUUAGUAUAAAUCACAUUUCUUAACAUGAUAUCAGAGUCUCGUUUAAGAUUCGGUAGAUCGAUUUUGAACGUGAUGGGGUAGACCUAAACCAUAUUUCUUAAUGACUUAUAUUAUAAUAUUAUGAAAUGAAACUAAGCUGCUGCCAGUUGGGAAACUUUGUUGUGAAGAUAUCAAUUUGAGUAAGACAAAGUUGAUGAUUAAUAUUAAAAGAUAUGCCAACUGAUUACACAUAAAUAAGAAGCUCUGACAACCUCCAACUCAACUCAACUCCAACCAUCCAAUCCAACAUUUCUAAGAAAUGGGCAAUGUUGCUUCUUGUACUCCAACCAAAGGUGUGUUCAAGGUUUUAUUACUAGAUGGAAGAAUAGAAUCAUACACAAAAGCAAUAAAAGCUGCAGAGUUAAUGGUAGAAUAUCCUGGACAGUUUGUUUGUGACUCAAGCUACCUCAAAGUAGGACAUCGAAUUCAAGGACUAUUAGCCGAUGAAGAACUCGAAAGGCGCAAAUUUUACUUUCUUCUACCAAUGGAGCUGCUAUACUCAGUUCUAACUCAUGAAGAAAUGAGUUCUCUUAACUAUAAAGCGUCGAGGGCGACGAAGCAUGCGAGUUUCAACAACUUGGGAAAGAUAUUUCCUGUUUUUGGUGAGUUCUGCAUGUUUCCUAAUUCAGAGGCAAAGAGAGUAGUGUUGGAAGAUGAUAAGAAUGAGGUGGUAAUGGAGACGGAACAUGUUCAAAGGUACUGCAAGCAGAGAUCUUGGAAACCAGCACUGGAGACCAUUGAUGAAACACCAUCAAGGCCAUAAAUGUUCAUUUUCUUUCAAUUUGAUUUAUCUGUAAUUUAGUAGAAAUUCUUGUAUUAUUUUUGCAAGAUUAAGUUAGAGUUAGUCCAAAUGAUUUGAUUUUUGUAUUUAAGGCCACUCUUGUAACCAAAAUAGUAACUAAAUGAAAUCCUUGUAAUGUAAAAUCAUCCAUGCUGGUUUUUUGGGUUGGUAUAAGCAAACUUUU